CCUCGAUCUCUAGAAAUAUUUUACUAAACAUAAGAAUUCAUUAAGAAGUGUUACAGAACGGACAGUUUCUGUCUAGUGUACACAGAUUAGAGUUUCACUGGACAAUGUCUUGGUAUAACGGUGGAUAAAUUGUUACAAAGUUAACGGAAAGGGCCGAGUUUCUAAAAAGGAUCUAACGAUGAUGUCAAUCCAUGCUGUAGGUUUUGUAGUAACUUCAACUCUAAUUCAGUUAUUUUCCUUGGAACAGAUGACUUUAGAGUCUGCCCAGAUAGAUAGCCGAGAUUUAUUAAUUAUGCAUUAUGUGUUCCCGAAAACUUAUUGUUACAAUCUCUUUUUGAUUAAUCCACCCUCCCACGCUCGCUCUUAUGUAAUUAUCCGUUCUUCCUCUCUUAACAUCUAUACCAACAAAAAUAAACUGUGUUUCCAUCAUGGUCAAAUAAAUUAAAAACAAUAACAAAAUAAUAAUAAAUCAUUUUUUUGCAUGAAAAAAAAUCGCUAUUCU